AUGGAAGGAGAAAAUCACACUCUGUCCGAAUUUAUCAUCUUAGGAUUCUCUGACCUAAAUGAUUUGCAAUUUUUACUCUUUACCAUAUUUCUUAUGAUCUACCUCUGUACCCUGGGAGGAAAUAUUUUCAUUAUUUUGGUAACAUUGGCUGAUACACGACUCUAUACCCCCAUGUAUUUUUUCCUUAGGAAUUUGGCCUUUCUGGAUAUCUGCUACACCACCACUAAUGUCCCCCAAAUGAUGGUGCAUCUCCUAUCAAAGAAGAAAAGCAUUUCCUGUGGGGGCUGUGUGGCUCAACUUUUUGCAUUUCUUUUCUUUGUGGGAGUAGAGUGUCUUUUGCUGGCAGCAAUGGCAUAUGAUCGUUACAUUGCAAUCUGCAAACCUUUAAGGUAUUCAGUUAUUAUGAACAAGGUCCUGUAUCGCCAGUUAGCAGCCUGGUGCUGGACUGGUGGUUUCCUCAACUCAGUGGUGCACACAGUAUUGACAUUCCACUUGCCCUUCUGUGGUAACAACAAGAUUCAUUAUUUCUUCUGUGACAUCCCCCCUUUGCUGAUUUUGUCUUGUGGGGACACUUCCAUCAAUGAGUUGGUGUUACUCUUCAUUGGGGUCUUCAUUGGAUGGGCUCCUUUUCUGGGUAUCAUCCUUUCCUAUCUCUACAUUAUCUCUACCAUCUUGAGGAUCCACUCCUCAGAGGGGAGACAAAAGGCCUUUUCUACCUGUGCCUGUCACCUGGUCAUUGUCCUUCUCUACUAUGGCAGCUCCAUCUUCACAUAUGUACGACCCAUCUCAUCUUACUCAUUGGCAAAAGACCAGCUGAUCUCAGUACUGUACAGUGUUGUCACCCCCAUGUUAAAUCCCAUAAUUUACACUUUGAGGAAUAAGGAUAUUAGAAAGGGCCUGAGAGCUGUGGGAGAAAAUGUAGUAGCCUUCACACUUCAUUUCCCUUGAAAUGUAGUGUUUAUUUUUCUAUCAUGAUAAAUAUUAGAAUGCAAUCUUUUUUUUUUUUGCCAACAUUACUAAUUUCAAUGAUAAAAGGGACAGAGGAGACUGGUUCAAGAUAGCAGAGUAGAAGGUCGUGCACUCACUCCCUCUUGCAAGAGCACCAGAAUCACAACUAACUGCUGAACAAUCAUCGACAGGGAGACACUGGAACUCACCAAAAAAGAUACCCCACAUCCAAAGACAAAAGAGAAGCUGCAAUGAGAUGGUAGGAGGGGCGCAAUCACAAUAAAAUCAAAUCCCAUAACCGCUGGGUGGGUACUCACAAAAUGGAGAACACUUAUACCAAAGAAGUCCACCUACUGGAGUGAAGGUUCUGAGCCCCACAUCAGGCUUCCCAACCUGGGGGUCCAGCAACGGCAGGGGGAAUUCCUAGAGAAUCAGACUUUGAAGGUUAGUGGGAUUUGAUUGAAGGACCUUGACAGGACUGGGGGAAACAGAGACUCCACUCUUGGAGGGCACACAUAAAGUAGUGUGUGCAUCGGGACCCAGGGGAAAGAGCAGUGACCCCAUAGGAGACUGAACCAGACCUACCUGCUAGUGUUGGAGGGUCUCCUGCAGAGGCGGGGGUUGGCUGUGGCUCACCAUGGGGACAAGGACACUGGCAGCAGAAGUUCUGCGAAGUACUCCUUGGCUUGAGCCCUCCCAGAGUCCUCCAUUAGCCCCACCAAAGAGCUGGGUAGGCUCCAGUGCUGGGUCACCUCAGUCCAAACAACCAACAGGGAGGGAACCCAGCCCCACCCAUCAUCAGAGAAGUGGAUUAAAGUUUUACUGUACUCUGCCCAUCAGAGCUCAACACCCAGCUCUGCCCACCACCUCCCAUCAGGAAGCUUGCAUAAAUAAGCCUCUUAGAUAGGCUCAUCCACCAGAGAGAAGACAGCAGAAGCAAGAAGAACUAAAAUUCUGCAGCCUGUGGAAUGAAAACCACAUUCACAGAAAAAUAGACAAAAUGAAAAGGCAGAGGACUAUGUACCAGAUGAAGGACCAAGAUAAAAUCCCAUAAAAAUAACUAAAUGAAGUGGAGAUAGGCAACCUUCCAGAAAAAGAAUUCAGAAUAAUGAUAGUGAAGAUCACUAUUCACUACAAACCAGAAGGGAGUGGCAUGAUAUAUUUAAAGUGAUGAAAGGGAAGAACCUACAACCAAGAUUACUCUACCCAGCAAGGAUCUCAUUCAGAUUCGAUGGAGAAAUCAAAAGCUUUACAGACAAGCGAAACCUAAGAUAAUUCAGCGCCACCAAACCAGCUCUACAACAAAUGCUAAAGGAAGUUCUCUAAGUGGGAAACACAAGAGAUGAAAAGGACCUACAAAAACAAACCAAAAACAAUUAAGAAAGUGGU